UGCCUUUCCAAGUGAAAAGGCUGGCGUGAAAAGGUAGGUACUGUACCCACUUGUUGGUACGGGUUGUCCACCUCACGCACGCUGAAUGACGGGAGUGACCUGGCUGGCUGGCUGGAACCCGGACCUGGAUGGCCGCAACGGUGCUCCCGCCGUAGGUCGCUCCCACUCCCGCCCUUCCACUUUGCUUCUCAGGGCACCACUCGUGUACAUACGUAGAGUCAGCACACCGGGCAGCCAGUUCAGUUUCGUCCCGCGGCGCAGACUUUCGUCGUAGUGCAGGUGAACGGUGCAGCAUUUUUGCAGCAGUGGUCAGAAAGGCCGUCGUUCGUUGGCCGGGGCUUGGGGCUGGUGCCCGGUGCCUGUGCACCUGAUCACCUCGAUCAAUCAGCGAUCCGACCCGCACUCCCUAGAGGUACCUAAGGUGGUAGAGGUCGGUAGCACUGCACACACUCUCUCUCUGGCACUCUCUUCCUGGGCCCUGCCUGACUUGUGGUUCUGGAGGGAAAGACUGGACGACCGGACGAGAAAGAGUCAAUGAAAGGCCUGAUGAAAUUCAAGCCAUGCCGCUUUCCAGGAUUCUCCACUGCCCUGGACGUCUUGGAGUUGGACCGCCCCCCAGCCCGCCUUCCGUUUGCGCUAGCAGGUUGCAGUGCUCUGCUCCGUUCCCGACCCCUCUGGCCGCCGCCCUCUCCUCGCUCUCUUUCGCUGACUGCCCUGCCGUCCUGCCUCCUUUCGAGUCCGUUCCAUUUUCUCUCCUUCUCACCACCUUCGGCAGCCCGCCACCCCCCAAAACCCGAUCCAUCGUCAUUUAUCCGCGUCCGUCUGCUGCCCGCCCCCUUUCACCACUCACACUUCUGCCCCGACACAGCAGACGCUGCAGACGACAGACGUCUUUUUAUUUGUUCCUUUUUUUCCUUUCGGGGGUUUGUUAUCGAGAAGGCGGCUCGCAUUCAAGUUGUCCACCACCAAAUAGACGGAUUCUUCAUCCCCCAUCCCAUCCACCCAGCUUUCUCUCUUCGCGCGCGCGACCCUCUGAGCCUCCUUCGAUCCGUUCGCAUACCACUCACUCCUCGCUUGCGCAAAGAAGCAACAGCCGACUGGGGAAGCCUCUCGUAAUCACCACGGCACUCCACCCAAGGAAUCGACCCAAUUUCAGCAGCCCAUCUGUGCCCCCCGUAUCCCGGUCGUCCAGUACCUAUACUUGGUCAAUCUCGAAGAAGCUGGAUUGCAGAAAGUGCAAAGCAAUUCAGCCACAAUCGUCGUCGUCGUCGUUGUUCGUCGUUCGCAUCUUCGAAUAGGACUUCCUGUCCGUUUCCCGACUUUGGUCGCUGCAUCCCGACCAGCAGUCCUUUCCUUCUGGCAUCCGCCAACCCCAGCCCCGUCCGUCUCACCGACUAGACCGAGAACGCAAGAGGACCCAGCGUGUUUACCGAAACCAGGGUGAGUGUUGGUUCGUUUGUCGCUUGUCUCUCUUACUGUGGGCGUGGCCUGGAGUGGCCCGCUUCUGAAUGAUCUCUUGCCGUCAUGGCCUGGUCUCCAGGCACAACCAUGUCUCCUUCCCUGGAUCCCUAUUGCACACAGAACAGCCUUGCCUUGGCACACCUGUAGGAACCAUCCAUCGUCGCCAAUUCAUGGUUUCCACACACCACUGCACUUUUUCCUCCUUUUCCACCUCCUUCCUGUCAAUCCCUUCCGCCCAGUUACGCAAUACACACAUGGGCCCCUAGGUCUCCUGUCUGGGGACGUUAUCCGUCAUCGUUGUUAUCGGCACCACGCACGCACACACUUUCCUGUCAUCGAUACAGUCAUUAUCCUCAACAAUCACUGACCGCCGGUUUCAAUUGCCUAGACGUGCGACGACAUCCUGAUUGACGACCAUCAUCUCUAGUCACGACCCCGUCGACUCUCAACCUUAACCAGAACACACAUUAAUUUGAGUGACGACAAUCCGACAAUAUGGCUUCGUCGACGUCCUCCAACGUCGUCGGUGUACACUAUCGAGUGGGAAAGAAAAUCGGAGAGGGUUCAUUUGGUGUCAUUUUCGAGGGUACCAACCUCCUCAACAACCAGCAGGUUGCCAUCAAAUUCGAGCCGCGCAAGAGCGAUGCUCCCCAGCUUCGCGAUGAGUACAGGACAUACAAGAUCCUUGUGGGAUGCCCUGGGAUCCCCAAUGUCUACUACUUUGGCCAAGAAGGUCUUCACAACAUCUUGGUUAUUGAUCUCCUCGGUCCCUCUUUAGAAGAUCUCUUUGACCACUGCAAUCGCCGGUUCAGUCUCAAGACGGUCGUUAUGGUUGCCAAGCAAAUGCUGUCCCGUGUCCAAACUAUUCACGAGAAGAACUUGAUCUACCGCGAUAUCAAGCCCGACAACUUCUUGAUUGGAAGGCAGGGAACCAAGACCGCCAAUGUCAUUCACGUAGUUGAUUUCGGUAUGGCCAAGCAGUACCGUGACCCCAAGACCAAGCAGCACAUUCCCUACCGCGAAAGGAAAUCGCUUUCGGGAACUGCCCGUUACAUGUCUAUCAACACCCAUCUUGGCCGCGAACAAUCCCGACGAGAUGAUCUCGAGGCCUUGGGCCACGUUUUCAUGUACUUCCUCCGCGGUGGCUUGCCGUGGCAAGGCCUCAAGGCUGCUACUAACAAGCAAAAGUACGAGAAGAUUGGCGAAAAGAAGCAGACCACUGCCAUCAAAGAUCUCUGCGAAGGAUUCCCUGAACAAUUUGCCCAAUACCUUACUUACGUCCGCAACCUUGGCUUCGAGGAUCAACCCGAUUACGACUACCUCCGCGAACUUUUCUCUCAGGCGCUCAAGGAUGCCGGUGGCGUUGAGGACGGCGAAUAUGACUGGAUGAAGGUUAACAAGUCCGACAAGAAGGGGGACUGGGAUCGGCCUGGGGCUUUGCACAACCCAAACGCGAGACCUGGGCCCUCAGCUAUGGAAAUCCACAACUCGAGGGGGCCCACGACCCAUCACGCAAGCGACCCCCGAGCUCAAUUGACGGCCGCUCGUUUAAACGCCCCGCAGCCCUCGCCUCCAGCUCAGCCGGGGCAGCGGGCGAAAGAGCAACCAAACGCCAACGCGCAGAAUAACCGGGCUUACAAGUCCCAACCCACGCCCACCCAGUCGGCGGGAAAUGGGGCGCAACCAUACAACAUGCAGCAGCCUCCGCAACGGACAAUGACCCACACUGCCACAUCGAACACGAACCCACCACCUUCUAACCAGCCACAACAACAGCAAGGCGGCAUCAAGGGCAUUUGGAAGGCCCUGUGCUGCAGCUGAAAAGGCUGGUGCUGGUUUUGUGUCCGUUUGUUUUAAUAAUAUCCUUCAGUGAGCAACAACCAAAGACGGUGGCAGCUGUGUUGAUCCUAACCGCUAACAGUGCGGCUAGCUUCAAAAGGAGAAAAUGUGAGGAGCAAGUCUUCGUCCCAUCUAUAUAGAGGGAAUCCCGGGGUGGGGGGGACGAGUCCUGUUGUAUGAAUUUGCCGAAACAUGGGGUUCUCAAAUGUUUUUGCAUGGGGACUAUAGAGGAUACCUUCCUUUGUUUUUCAUAGCGGUCUUACUCGGCUACGCGCAUCUGGCGUCUUUUACUUGCUUGAUCUACCUGGCGCACAUCAUUACGACCAUACGAUUAGUAUUCCAGACUCAGUCUUCUGUCUUUCUCGCUAUCUUCGCUUCCUCUCUCUCGACCUCCCCGGGAACCCUUUCUUCUUUUACCAUUUCUUGUUCCCUCCCUUCUGGGCUGGCCUUCGUUUGGCGAGAGGAUGCUAGGAUUUACGACGCCGGGCCGCUAUAGAAGGCCGAGCCGACUCACGUGGAGGACAGUGGUCUCGGAUGAUCCAGUCUUUAAUGACAGCUAUUUCUUUCCCGACGAACCCGUGCAAACGGUCAAGCCUCCCUGAUCUUGCCGCUGGAAGACGCGGUUCGGCGUGGGACGAAAGGGGAAGGAGGGGGAAACACGUGAGAAGAGGGAGGGGAAAGUGACAGGGAAAGGUGGGGAGAGAAAGUUUGAAAAGAUCUCGGGAAAACGAAAAAAGGGGAAAAGAGGAAAGAGUAUUCAUAUUUGAUUGGAACGGAACGCCUCGGUGUUUUAGUGUUGCUGUUUGCGGGUGUGGUUCUGAGCUUGUUACUGUCUGUCUAUUGUCAUUGUCUACCUUGUCUGUUGUUGCGCGCUAUUGCUGUCUAAUCAGCAUCUUAUACAUCUCCGAACUACGUAUAAUAAUCAUUAUAUCCACUCACUCACUGAUCCUGUAUGGUAUUGAUCAUGUUAUCCUCUUCCGUUGUUCUUUCACGACAUGAUAUGAUCGAGGAUGAGGUGGCGUAAUAGAAUUUCUUCUUCGAUAAUAGCUGUCUGGUGCCCUCUAAGCAUUGUUUA